AUGUCGGAGUUCGAAACGUUUAGGAAUCCUCGGAACAACGCCGAUGACGAUGAUGAGGAAGAUGACAAAUCGUCGGAGCAGAUAAACCUAAGCCAGAACGCCGGCACCGAUGAAAAAAAUACUGAGUGUCAGCAGGCAGGAAAUAUGAUGGAGGAGGAUCCCGUAACUGAAAACCUGAUUGAAACUUUACACGAAGCCGAAAUCGAAGACCAGGAGGGUGAGCAAGGCGCAGAGCCCCUAUUAGGACCACCAACAACAGGAUGGGAACCAGAACACACCCAUCUUUACUGGAAUAUCUGCAAACUGGGCGCACACGGUACAAAUAAACGCAGCUGGUUGCAACUGCAAAAGUUUCUGCGAAAGCGAGUGCUUGAGGUGUGCUGUCUGAGCGAGGUGCAUCUCUCACCAACCGCUCUAGAAGACUAUAAGACCGAAUGCAAGGGCCUCGGCUACACACUGGUGGUCCCGGAAAUUACUUAUAAGCCCGCCUCUGACCUCAAAGAUGGAAAACUGCUUACCUCAUAUAAUUCAUGGAUGGAAAGAAAAAAGUCAGCGGGCAGCGCCCCAUUAGGGGACUCGAAAUGCGAGAUCAAGCUCGGCAAUCAAGAACCGAAGUCUGCUGAACCUCGUCUGAAUGUAACUACUUCUACUACAGUACAAACAGUUUUAAAUGAACAAUUAUUAGAGCCAGCCGACGGCAUUCUGCAGGAGCUUCAGGCAAUCAAUCAACAGGACAUAGCCAAAGAAAUCUGUGACGAAACUUGUUAUAAUUUGGUGAUAAUAAGAGGCCUUGAUGGAGAAAUAAAAGUCACGACGCUCGAGCUCAUACCUAAUGGCAGCGCUCGAGCAAAAACGGAUCGUCUCACUUACUUCGAGUACGAUGAUAUCCUCUACGUUUUCCUUCAUCGGCAAACACGCUAUGGAUAUAAAUUCGAAGAAGCUUUGGAUAAUUUACUGAAGGAGUCGCUGCUGUGUUUGAUGAAAGAUAAGGGCGACCUGCUUUUUUUUGGUGACUUUAAUGCUGGUUUGGUCAAUUGGAACCGUUUUGAAGUAGACCGAGAAUAUGAAGCGCCGGCGAACGCCGUUACGUUCUUGACUACAAAGCGCGAAUUAGGCCUGACCAGAGAAUGGGCUUGCGAAUUCACUAACAAACAGAGCACAAGCCAGUUGGAUGCCGUAUUGUCUAGGCUAAAAGCUGAUGGUAGCCCGGAUGGGGUUCAACCCAAAGGCAAGUGCCACGUAGUAAUGCUUUACAAGCCGGAAACAGGCACCAAAAAACGCCGCAGCACGAGCCUUUCGCCAAAGGAACCCGAGACUUUGAGCGACCAUAAAGCCUUGUUCUUCAGCAUCAUCAAGAACGCUUGGCAUGUGCAGACUGCGCCCCAGAAAAAGCUCUACUUCAAUGAAGUAGGGGAUAGCUCGACAUUAGAGGCAUAUCUCAGGAUCUAUAACAAAUCUGUUUGGCCACAACCUGAUGUUGGAGCCCGCCACGAUAAAGAGGGAAGAGCGGUAGUGAAAGACCUGAUACACGACACGCUCCAUAUCGAAGAUGGAGCAAACCGUUUGGUUAAAAUCACAGCUCAAAUAACUGCUGGGCCGAUAGAAAAAAACGCCCGCAAAUGGAUCAUCCUCACAAAUGUCAAGACCGGAGAAGAGCAUCAUGUUCGGAUCAAGUAUAACAAA